UCAACCACCUCAAGCCGUUAAACUUUUGCCUUGCCAUUCCAUGACUUCUCUCUUCUCAACUAAAACAAAGAAAACACUAAACACCACUCUCUACUUUCUGUAUAUUUCCUUGCCCUUCCUCUAAACUCACUCGAAACUCAAAGGAAUGGCCAGACUUACACUCAGAGCAGACAACUUUUGUCUUCUUUCUAACAGUGCAAGCUCUCAGAGAUUAAUCCUUAACAAUCCCACUUCAUUCAACCGCCAUAGUGUUCUUUCAUUUCCUGCUAAACAUGGUUUGAGGUUCAGAGUUUUAUGUGGCAUCAAAGAGAAGGAAAAUGUAAGUGAAAUUGGGGAGUUUGAUGGAGUACUUACUGGUCUACGAGUGGAUGAACUUGAGCGAGCGGGUUCGGUUUCAGAAUCAGAGGGAGAAUUAGGCCACACAAGCGGGUCUGGAGAAGUGGGUUUUGAGUCGAAUUGGCCGCCGUGGAAGGAUAUUCCUCAGAGAUAUAAACUUAUUGGAACUACUUCGCUUGCGUUUGUUAUUUGUAACAUGGAUAAGGUGAACUUGAGCAUUGCAAUAAUUCCAAUGUCACACCAGUUUGGGUGGAAUUCAUCAAUGGCUGGAUUGGUUCAAUCAUCGUUCUUUUGGGGUUAUGCAUUGAGUCAGUUGCCUGGGGGUUGGCUUGCCAAGAUAUUUGGUGGGAGGAGAGUGCUUGAGAUUGGAGUGCUGACUUGGUCCCUGGCUACAGCACUUGUACCUCUUCUUGCUGGAUUUAUGCCUGGAUUAGUCCUGUCACGCAUUUUGGUUGGAAUAGGAGAAGGUGUUUCCCCAUCAGCUGCUACUGACCUUAUAGCCAGGUUUAUACCUUUGGAAGAGCGCUCACGUGCUGUAUCUUUUGUCUUUAGUGGACUCAGUGUUGGCAGUGUUACAGGGCUUCUAUUGGCUCCUCCCCUUAUUCAAAAUCUUGGCUGGGAAUCUGUAUUUUACUUGUUUGGCUUCUUUGGGAUAGCAUGGUUUUCAGGGUUUCGGUUUCUUAGAGAAGCAGAAACUUCGAAUGAGUUUGAAACCAUUGCACAGUCCCAAUCUAUCAAUAAGGAGAAAUCAUGGACUACUUAUCUGGAAGAAUGGGGUGGAUCUUUGAAGGAUGUACCAUGGAAAGCAUUUUUCCGGAGUCAAGCUGUAUGGGCAAUGAUAUAUACUCAUUUUUGUGGAAGUUGGGGUCACUACACUUGUCUAUCUUGGCUUCCUACUUAUUUUAGUGAGGAGCUGAAUCUAAAUUUGACAGAAGCUGCAUGGGUUUCCAUCCUUCCUCCAUUGGCUUCAGUAUUUGUGACUAGCAUUGCCGCACAACUUGCUGAUAACUUGAUUGCCAAUGGUGUUGAAACCACCACGGUGCGAAAGAUUUGCCAAACUAUUGCCUUUUUGUCUCCUGCUGUCUGCAUGACUCUAUCUUCUUUGGAUCUAGGGUUGCCACCUUGGGAAAUUGUGGGUAUUCUCACAGCUGGCUUAGCCCUUUCAAGCUUUGCCUUGUCAGGACUUUAUUGUACCCAUCAAGAUAUUUCUCCUGAAUAUGCAAGUAUACUUUUGGGUAUUACCAACACUGUUGGGGCAGUACCUGGAAUUGUUGGUGUUGCCCUAACCGGUUACCUCCUUGAUUCAACUCACUCAUGGAGUCUGUCAUUGUUUGCACCAUCAAUCUUUUUCUACCUGACUGGUUCAAUUGUAUGGCUGGCAUUUGCAAGUAGUAAGCCUCAGAACUUCUCCACAAAAGAUCAUUGACCUCAUUUCAAUUCUUUGUAUUGGGUUUGGAGUAGAGUAUCCAAACUGAGAGUACAUAAUUCAGCAAUAUUUCUAACACCAUUUCUUCCACUAGCUGGGAGGAGAAAUGUACCUUCUCCGCUGAUCUGAACACACACACACACACCACCAAACCAACCAAAAAAAAAAAAAAAAAAAA